AUGGCGGGAGAGAAGGCAACGGAGAAGGAGGAGAUACAGAGGUGGAAAUCAGCAGCAGUUUGUCGGAUAAGGGCGGUGGCGGGUGCUCUUUGUGUGGUCGCGGUGCGCUGGAGGCGCGAGGUCGCGGCGGUGCUGGGCGGUUCGUUGCAGUUGGCUUAUCACUUAUUUUGGUCGGAGGGGUUAGUGGGAGCCAGUGGCGGCAAAGAUUUAGUUGAAUGCUCUCUUUGUCACAAACACAUGUAUUCAAGAAUCAAGAGAUUAAAGCAGCACCUUACGACCGAUUAUGGAGAUGUUGCGAAAUGUUCCAAAACAACUUCAGAAAUCAUGAGGGAGAUGCAACAAUAUAUGCAAGACACAUCAAGGAUGAAGAAAGCAAGAGUGAUCUUGGAUGAUGACGUGAAUGAUGAUGUGCAAGAAACGAAAGAAAGACAACCAUCAUCUCAUGAUUUCGUUACUUAUCCAAGUUUCGGGAUAGCAAAUUCAAGGAGUUUUGAAAUUAUGGUUGAAUCAAUUGGACAAAUGAGAUCGGGAUUGAAGCCUCCUAGCUUUCAUGAGUUACGAUUACCUCUCCUUGAGAAAGCAAAACAAGUAACUGACAAGUUGAAAGAAAAACACACACUUGCGUGGAAGGAAUUCGGGUGCACACUCAUGUCAGAUGGGUGGACAGAUAGGAGGGGUAGACAAUUGAUUAACUUCCUUGCUAAUAGUCUCAAGGGGACUUUCUUCUUGGAGUUAGUUGAUGCAUUGAGUGAGGUACACGAUGCAACAAUAUUAGCUGCAUUGUUGGAGAAGAAAAUUGAAGAAAUUGGCAAAAACAAUGUUGUACAAAUAGUGAGUGACAAUGGGGCUAAUUAUAAGGCGGUUGGUAGACUUUUGGAAGGGAAGAUUCUUACUUUAUUUUGGACUCCUUGUGCAGCACAUUGUCUUGACCUCAUGCUAGAGGACAUUGGAAAGUUGAGAGAGUUUAAGUCUAAAAUUGCAAAGGAAUGCAUAAUGGCAUCACAUCCCCUUUUCAUUGUAUUAAGGAUUGUUGGUGGUGAUACGUCUCCAGCUAUGCCCGAGCUUGCUAUGGCUAUGUUGAUUGCUAAGAAGAAACUCAAUGAAACAUUUGCAAGUAAGCCAAGGUUUUUGGCAAAGUUGAUGGAUAUUGUUGAGGGAAGAUGGGAAGAUCAAAUGGAAGUGAAGUUAUAUGGAGCUGCAUUUCAAACUAGUGAUGAUGUUCAUCCCGUGGGAGAUCUUUCAUUGCGGCUUGUUGAUGAAGUAAUUGGUGCAUCAAACAACCUUGAGGGCUGUAAUCUUCCUACGAGAGCUCACGUAAGGGAACGUACGACUACACCAAUCUUUAGCUAUUUGCGACGCCAUAGUACUUCUAGUUCUAGGACUAAUGAGGAAGAACAAAAUGAAGAAGACGAUCAUUUUCCAAAUGAUGAUGAAGAAAUUGAAGAUGAUGAUGAUGUUGAAGGUGAUGAUGACCAAGUGGGAGGAAAUGGAGAUCUUGAUGAGGACAAUGAAGGACAACGGAAUAUGAAUGACUUUUUGAUGGAUAUUUGA